CCAAAUACCAUCAAAACACACUCUAGGGGGAAAACAACAUUUACCAUACUGCCACCGCCCUCUGUUGUCUGGCCUGGUCUUCUAUCUUUCUCUCCACCUCCAAAUCAUCACUCCAUCGUCUUUUCCAUCUCUCCAUCAGACUUUCUUGCUUCCAUCUUUCUCAUUCCUCUCCACUUUGAGGGUAAUAGCCGGUUCACUUCCCUGAAAGGUACUCCGUUCCGCCUACAAUCACCAUGGCCGAGAUCCGUCGCAAGCUCGUCAUCGUCGGCGAUGGUGCCUGCGGUAAGACCUGUCUGCUCAUUGUUUUCUCCAAGGGCACCUUCCCCGAGGUCUACGUCCCCACCGUCUUCGAGAACUAUGUCGCCGAUGUCGAGGUCGACAACAAGCACGUUGAGCUUGCUCUGUGGGAUACAGCUGGCCAGGAAGAUUACGACCGUCUCCGUCCCCUGUCAUACCCCGACUCACAUGUUAUCCUGAUCUGUUUCGCCGUCGACUCGCCCGACUCGCUCGACAACGUCCAGGAGAAGUGGAUUUCCGAGGUUCUGCACUUCUGCCAGGGUCUCCCCAUUAUCCUGGUUGGUUGUAAGAAGGAUCUGCGCGAUGACCGCAAGACUAUUGAUGAGCUCGCCAAGACCUCCCAGCGCCCCGUCUCCGCUGAGCAGGGUGAGGAGGUCCGCAAGAAGAUCGGUGCCUACAAGUACCUGGAGUGCUCUGCCCGCACCAACGAGGGUGUCCGCGAAGUUUUCGAGGCUGCCACCCGCGCUGCUCUCCUGAAGGCCCAGAAGGGCAAGGGUGGCCGCAAGAAGGGAGGCUGCCUCAUUCUGUAAACUAAAUCAAUCGUUGGGUGGUCGGGCUCGAGCGGAGAUCAUAUUCACGGAUGAGAGCCUCUACGGAAACAGUUGGUGACUUUAUUCUCUCGGAAAGGAGGAUGGCUACUCGAGCCUACAUGUGAGAUUGUGGAUAAUAUCGAAUCCGGGCACAGCGAGUCGUGGAAAUUCUUCCACCAUUCACUUGGUCGACCUUGUGUUUUUUCUUUUCCUUUUGCCUUUGUUUUGCAGAAUUUGUCUAGGGAGGCGUUGUCUUCAUCAUAACCCUGUGGGCCUUUCUUUUUCUUAUCCUCUCUCCGACUGCCGUGAAUUUCCAAAUGCCAACAUGCUACGUUGAUUGGCAGUAGAAACCAAAGCUAAGAAAGAGGAGCCUGUGGUUGUAGCAUUCGUGCCCCUUGCGAUUUGCAACUCGGUCAACGCUGUGAUUUCGCCUUCCUGGUCGAAUUCCCCCUCUCAUGAUAGAUGAUUCUCUGCGGAUAUCUCCCACAUGCGAUGAGCUUGACUCGGCUUUGUUGUUUCCCCGUUUACUAUAAUUUUACAGCUAAUCCAUCAACUGCCU